CUGGGAAGCUGCACGGGAGUCCGGGCCUGAGAGCCUUGGUGCUUGGCCUCCUCCCGCCGCAUUCCCGGGCCCACCUCUAGGCUGCGCUGAUUGGCGGCUUCUGGACCAUCCCCCCGCCCUGAGCAGAUAGAGUACUCUGCCCAGCGGAAAGUUUAUUGCGCCGGGAGGAAGUUGGACAUUUAGAGACUCUUGAGAAGGCAGCUACGGAGGCUGCAGAGGUCUGGCAGGCCAUGGAGGAGCCCCCUUUGCGAGAGGAGGAGGAGGAAGGGGACGAGGCGGGGCCCGAGGGGGCUCUGGGCAAGAGCCCCUUCCAGCUGACAGCCGAAGACGUAUAUGACAUCUCUUACGUGAUGGGCCGAGAGCUGAUGGCCCUGGGCAGCGACCCCCGGGUGACACAGCUGCAGUUCAAGAUCGUCCGUGUUCUGGAGAUGCUGGAGACGCUGGUGAAUGAGGGCAACUUGACGGUGGAGGAGCUGAGAAUGGAGCGGGACAACCUCAGGACGGAGGUGGAGGGGCUGCGGAGAGAGGGCUCCGCGGCCGGCGGAGAGGUGAACCUGGGACCAGACAAAAUGGUGGUUGACCUGACAGAUCCCAACCGACCACGCUUUACUCUGCAGGAGCUGAGGGAUGUGCUACAGGAGCGCAACAAACUCAAGUCGCAGCUGCUGGUGGCACAGGAGGAGCUGCAGUGCUAUAAGAGUGGCCUGAUUCCACCAAGAGAAGGCCCAGGAGGAAGAAAAGAAAAAGAUACUCUGGUUGCUCGGGCCAGCAAUGCCAGGAGUAACAAGGAGGAGAAGACAAUCAUAAGGAAGCUGUUCUCUUUCGGAUCAGGGAAGCAGACAUAGAUCUGAGGCCACGACUAAGUUCUCAGACUCAGAAAACAGCUCACAAAGACAACUUCCAAAAUCAUCUCUCAGUGCCACGCGUACCCACUGCACAUGCUGCUUUGUUUCUCCUCAAAGCUGUCUGAGAAGGAAGGGGAAACGUUUUCUCCCUAGCUGCAGAACUGGACACCCUCGAAGGCUGGGCCAGAGCAGAUGAAGUGACACAAAGAAAACAGAAGGAAAGUGCCAGGGGGCCCACAUGCAGCCCCACUUCAACCACCCAGGGGGCCUCCAGAAUGCAGAUGCGCAUUCUGCUUCUCCUGGCCCAUGGAUGACCCAGGUUCUUACUGUGUAGCAGUGACAUAUGCCAGCCCAAAGUGGGUGGGGAGAAGAAAAUGCAGGAAAACAAGGUAUUGACACUCCAGUGAUGCCUUCACUGAUAUUUAGUGAAUAUUUGAUUUUGCUAACACAACUUUCUUUACAUGACUUUGAAUUAAAGUAAAAAAACUUUUUAUACUUUC